AUGGAAUUUGUUAAUCCUCUCCCGUUUUUAAAAGAGAAGACCAUUUUAAUCAUUGGUGCCACUAGCUUUCUAGGAAAAGUUUUCGUGGAGAAGAUCAUGAGGACUCAACCAAAUGUGAAAAAAUUGUAUCUUCUUGUGAGAUCAACCGAUGCAAAGUCUAUAAUGAAACGAAUUAUUGUUGAGGUUGAGAAGGAUUUGUUUAAUGUGCUGAGGGAUAAACUCGGUGCCAAUUUCAAGUUCUUUAUAUCGAAAAAGGUGGUAGCAGUAGCCAUAGAUGUUUUUGAAGUAAACUUGGGAGUAAAAGAUUCUAAACUAAUGGAGGAAAUGUACAAGGAAAUAGACUUGAUAGUAAAUUUUGCUGCAACAACGGACUUUGAUGAAAGAUAUGACUUCGCUUUCAAUGUCAAUACAAUGGGUGCUCUCAACAUUAUGAGUUUUGCAAAGAACUGUAUUAAAAUAAAUAUGGUUCUCCACGUAUCAACCGAGACAACUACAGAUUCUGGAAAAUCGCAGAUCUUGUUUGCUGUUAGUUCGCAGGAUUUAGAGGAGCAUCUCACCGGAUUAGUUUCUUGUCUAGCUCCAUUCAUCAAAGUUCAAGUCGAGAGUCCUGAUGGAGCAACUGAAAAGAAACCCAAUCCAGCUCAUAGUUAUUUGAAAAAAGUCGACAAGUUACUUGGAUUUGUUGAAAUCUUAUCUGCUAGUGGAAUUGUAGUUACAGAUGAGGAGUUGCUAAAUUACAUUCUUGACGGGUUAAACUCUGAAUAUGAUGCUGCUGUAGUCCAUAUUACUACAAGGUUGGAGUCUAAGUUAGAUCCCCUUUCUGUACAAGAAGCACAAAUAAUUCUGCAGAAAUUUGAACUAAGGUUAGAAAAAGCCAAUUUAGCGUUAAACACGGUUAUAGGUACUGAAUUUCAUGGUGGAUCUAUACAUCUAGCUAAUGUCACCACUGAUGAGUCCAACAAAAAAUUCCACAAUGUGUAG